GCCACUACCCUAUUAAAGCUUCACAGAAAAAGAGAGAGAUGCAAAUGUAUAUCACAGCAUAAAGCGAUCCCAGCACCGAUUCAUCGCACUUCUCAUACAAGGACCCUCUCUUUCUGUAUCUGUCCGAGCCCCAGAUCGCUCUGUGUGGCUGUGUGUGCAAGAGUGUCGUCUUGAAUGGAUCAGAUACAGCACAACCAUGUUAUCAUAAGAGGAGUGAAGCUCCAUAUCGCUGAGAUCGGAGCAGGCCCGUCUGUGGUAGUUUUCUUACAUGGAUUUCCGGAGAUAUGGUAUUCCUGGCGGCACCAGAUGAUCGCAGUGGCAAAAGCUGGGUACCGGGCGAUUGCACCUGAUUUAAGGGGUUACGGACUAUCUGACCACCCACCUCAGCUGGAAAAUGCAUCCUUCGAUGAUUUCGCCGACGACAUCCUUGCUAUGUUGGAUUACUUCGGUAUCCCCAAGGCUUUCCUGGUCGGAAAAGAUUUUGGAGCCUGGCCUGCUUACUUGGUUUCUUUACUGCAUCCGGAGAGGGUGUCCGGAGUUGUAUCAUUGGGCGUGCCAUUCUUCAUCCCAAGGCCCAAUCCAUUCGAUGACUUCCCCGAAGGAUUCUACAUCUUGAAGUGGAAGGAACCAGGAAGAGCAGAAGCGGACUUUAGUCGUUUCGAUGUUAAAACGGUGCUGCAGAACAUCUACAUUCUCUUCUCUGGUAGUGAAUUGCCAAUAGCAAAAGACGGCAAGGAGAUUAUGGACUUGGUGGAACCAUCUACCCCUCUACCUCCCUGGUUCACAGAGGAAGAUCUUGCAGCCUACGCAUCUUUAUAUGAGAAUUCUGGGUUCAGUGCUCCAUUGCAAGUUCCUUACAGGUCAUUGCACAAGGAAAUUACGAUAACUGAUCCAAAAGUUGAGGUUCCAACUUUACUGAUCAUGGGUGGAAAGGACUACAUUCUCAAAUUCCCCGGGCUUGAAGAAUACAUUACGAGCGGAAAGGUAAAGGACCAUGUUCCUGAUUUGGAAAUUAAGUUCUUUCCUGAAGGAACCCAUUUCAUCCAGGAGCAAUUUCCAGACCAGGUGAACCAGCUCAUCACCACAUUCCUCAAUGGUCAUAUUUGUUCCUAGAACUAGAAGAUUAUAUGCUGCAUCAAAUCAAACUCAGAAGACGAAGAAUUCUGUGUAACAUCACUAAAUCUAUUGGUUUAAAAUUUCUAAUUAUCAUGCUCCAUGAAAAGGAUUCGAAAUUCAGUGGUACUAGGCCUAAGACUUGAAACUUAUCAUGGAUACAAGAGAAGAGUUCAUAGCUCAAGUUGAAUUUCAUUUC